GAGCAAUGUCAUCACAAUAACCAAUUUUUUCUCAAUUUUGCGCCGCUCUGCUUGGGUUGCUCCACGACAACCUUUGCUCUCCUCUUCUCCAAUGCUGACCUUCCUGUCACACCUCUUCUCACAGCACCUGACACAAAAGCCGCAACCUGCACAAGUCGCGGACAUAUCUCACUCGUUCAAAUCAAAUGACUCUUUCAUCUAGAGCUUGUCCUGUUGUGAUUUGUUAGCAGAGAACCGAGCUCCACUCGGUAGCCAACCCUCGUUCGCAGUCGCUGCACACACAUUCGAUCCUCACGAAGCUUCAGAGAAGAAUCAACACCUGGCCAAUAACACGUCCCAAAGUUCACCCUAAUGCCUCUCUUGUCAGAAACGCCGAAUCGCAACACGCUCAAUCAGCGAGCGUCGCGGGCGCGCAAGCAGGAAUACAUUACGAGCUUGGAAAACAAGAUCCGCGAACACGAGCAGCGCGGCGUGCAUGCCACGGCUGAGGUACAGAAUGCAGCGCGACAGGUAGCUGAGGAGAACCACAUGCUUAAGGACGAGCUGGCGGUGUUGCGAGAACACGUGCGCUGCUUAGAAGAAGCUUUAACCCGUCAAGGUGUGGUGGAGAUUUUGAACGACGAAGGCCACGUGGAGGGUAUCGUCAAAGGUGACCAAGGUGGUCGAGUUGUUUGGCGUGCACCGAGUCCCAACGCGGCCGCCCUAAACAAACGACAAGUGCACCAUUAUCAAUACCCAGGGGCCGUCAAACCCGAGUCUGCCGACGAUAGCAACCAAUAUCCCUCGCCACCAGACGAGCAAAUAUACAAGGAGUCGCAACACGAGCGCCAGCGACGCCGAACGUCGCACGACAUGUCAUCAUUUGACGAGCAAGAGGCCGCUUCGAUUCUACUGUCGACGGCCACCACACCCGUCACCUAUGAAGACUCAUCCAGCGCCGUGUCAUCCUACCAUAGCGGCGCGUCCAGUCAGCACCAUGCCAACGAUCCCUGGCGACCACAACAGUCGAUGUCAUCAUCAUCGUCAUCAUCGAAACUGGAAUCUUCACAACGAUACCCCUCGACACAUCCGCAACAAGGACGAACGAGUCCCAACAGCACGCCGUGUGAAGAAGCAGCACUAAUCAUCGCCAGCAUGCGAGGGAUGCAUACCGCAGGCAUGGACGGCGCUGCAGCCCAGAUCAUGAACGAUUUGGGCUGUGAUACAGGAGAUCGAUCCCAACGAUGCAAAGUCGACAACGUACGAUUGUUUGGAAUCAUGGCUGGCGAGAGCUCAUGACCAUGGUUCCCCCUCCCAAAAGAAACAUCUUUAAAACCCCUCCAUCCCCCUUUGUCCUAUCCCCUGACAUAUCAAUGUAUAUACCUGCGUAAAAUGUCCCUACCACGAGCCAAAAGCCAAAAAGCCAAAAGCCAACUUCGAAAAGUAUGUAUGUUUCUCAUUUUCCUGCCGGUGGAAGGAAAAAAAGUCAUGGGGAAUCUUUUUAAAAGUACCUAGUACAUUGUUCUUGAUAUCGAGUCAAUUUAUGUGUUUCGUAAACAA